GGAGCACAGCAGUACCUUUGGACAGUAGUACUGCCAACAACAAUUAUAAAGCCUUUAGAAUCAGUAACUUUACCAUCAUCUGACUAUAAGCUGCUCAUUUUAAGCAGAAACAGGAAUGAAUCCUACUGCAAGGGAGAAGAUAGCGAUGUCCUCAGCAUAAAUGCAGAUGCUUAUGACAGUGACAUAGAAGACCCAUGCAAUGAAGAGGAUAGCCCAAAUGUGCAAGAAAACAGUGUCCUAAGUGGAGCCAGUCAGAUAGAUGAUCUCCAGAAAGACAUUGAGAAAAGUGUGAAUGAGAUACUGGGGUUGGCAGAGUCCAGCCCAGAGGAGCCCAAAGCACCCCCCUUGGCCAUUCCUCCAUCAGAAGAUGUUCAGCCAUCAGCACAGCAGCUGGAGCUUCUGGAGCUCGAGAUGAGGGCCAGAGCUAUUAAAGCUCUGAUGAAAGCUGGUGAUGUAAAAAAACAGGCCUGAGAUUGUUUAGAUUUAAUUUU